AUGGGCAACCAGACAAGCAGAAUGCUGGUCGUCAAGAAGGAGGGCACACCCAUGGAGGCUUUCGGCUGCAAGGAGCUCGCCUUGGCGGCGAAGGCAGCGGGCUCCGGGGACACCCAAUGGGUCAUGCUCUCCAUCAUCAACCAAGAGGAGUGCCGCCCCAGUGUGGUCGCGCUGCCCACUGGCCCCUUGGCCUGGGCGGCCUGCAGCUUGGACUCAGAGGUCUUGGCCCACUGUGAGUCCGUGGAAGAGUUGGCCAAGGGUAAGCUUGAGCUGACCUUCCCGGGAGGCUUGGUGUUUCAGCUCCAGCCAUGCAAGCCGGACGAGUCAAGGUCUUCGCCCUCCUCAAGCACCGAGCAGAUGGGCGCGGCAGGCGAAUCCGGAACUGCCCCGCCGAGCCAGCGCCCGUUUCUGCGUUUGGCAGGAAGGCCUGCUGACUCCACGGGCAGCGUGCAGGACAGCGCGCAGGACAGCGCGCAGGCCAGCGCGCAGGACAGCGCGCAAGACGCCGCCAGGCCUCCUCCAGGCGGCCACGUCGAAAACACGUUGCAGGUGCGGCGGGCCCAGGCCAUGGGCAACGAGAAGCUGGCGCUGGGUGGACCGACGCUGGAUGCUGCGGAGUGUGACAUUGACCUCACAACAAUGCCGGUCAACGAAAUUGAACGGCGCUUGAUGCAAGGUGCUGAGAUCCCCGGGUGGUCCGGGCAUGGAAACCCUCAACGUGAAUUGGGUUACUUGAAGCUCUUCUUCAGCGCGCGCACAAUGGCCUACCAUGCUGAGACCCUUUGGCCUGCAACCGAGCCUGAUGCCGAGACACGCAGGCUGGUCCAGCAGCUGUCCGAGCAGUUGGCCCUCAUGUCUCGGCACGGAGAUUUCAACGGCUUGUCCGAGCAGUCCAACUUCGACAUGAAGGUUGUGGCAACAUGGACGCGGCACAUGAUGAGUGGGGUAGUCCCUCACGGGCCUUUGCUUGGUCAUGCUCGCAUGAUGAAGCACGAGCUGUACUACCACCUCUGGUCCGAGGAUCAGCCGCCAUUUUUGAUGGCGAGGGUGCCUGGCUUGGCUUACGCGCAGUACCCGUUCUUCGCGCACGCCAAAGACAUUACGGAGGGGGUGAGGGAGCUCAUGAUGCAGACGGGUCUUUGGCGGGCACCAGCGCUGCGCAUUCCAAGGACUAUGGCACUUCCCUCACAGUCAGCCACAGACCUCAACGACUGCUUGCUCAACACGCUUUUCCCCGACAAGCAGGGCCUGCCGAAGCUGCCAGAGGGCAUCCUGCUCCGAGUCCUGAGUCCAGAGGUGAAGGCUCACGCCCGCUACCAGUUGCUCGAAGGUGCUCCGCCGGCGGGAGGUGACUCGCUGUUUUUCGACAACGCGCCCAACCGCUCUUGGACGCGGCGCGGCAGUGGCGGCCAGCUCUCCCUUGAUUGGGUGAGGCGCGCGGAUGUUCCAGGCCGUGACACCGAGUUUGGGGUGUUGGCGGUCUGUCCUGCGGAGGCGCCGGACUUGAACGGCUUCGGAAAGUUCCAGUAUUUCAGGGGCGUCUACAUCAGCGAAGGCGGCGUCCUGAAAGCUUUGUGGCUGGAGUUGGUCAACCGAGAGCACGUGCGUGGACGAGAACCCAAUUAUUUGCACCUCUUUGCGGCCUCGCAGGUGACCCCGGAAAUGUUGAACAGUGUGGUGAACAGGGGCCCCGCCGGACAGGGCUUUGAGCAACGCAGAUCCAGGGGAGGAUGGGUCGUCCAGGGCCCGCGGCCAAAGCGGGUGUGCAUGGGCGGAUGGGUGUGGCAGGAGCCAUACAAUGGUGCUGUCACCUACUACCACGUGCCCAAGGAUUCGGACACCGUGUUCACGUUCAAGCAGUGGUCCCAGGAUGGCGCCUCCUGGCACUGGUCCGAGGAGACAGAGCAGUACGAGGAGGUGCAUGAGGCCGACAACACUUGGCACUUCACCACGGUGGCCGAGUGGUUUGACAUUCGCGACUUCAUUGGGCGCCGUGGUGGCCAGGACCAGGCCGGCCAGCCCGAAGCCGGCCAGCCCGAAGCCGGCAACCAAGACGGCCAGGGCCAAGGUGGUGCCUGGGAUCAGCCUGCCGGUGGCCAGGGUAGCUGGGGCCAAUGGUAA